AUGUCAACAACAUUAAAUGAAAUUCCUAUUAGCACUCAACUUGUUAAAAUUAUUGAUUAUAUUUAUCGUAAAGGAUUAGACACACCUUGUAUGUUAUUGGUAAGAGGAAAUGAUAAAGAAAUGAUGGAAGUUAAACAUCUUUUACACAAUGGAGAAAGUUUAUGUGGAAAGAAAUACAAUGUACAUUCCUUAUGUGGGUUAUUGGUUUCACAAAUUAAUUCAGUUCCACCUAUAAUUCCAACAGAAUUUACUACUCAAGGAAUGUCAAUGGAAAGUCGUGAUUUUUGUUCACUGUUAUACAAAAAAUUACCAACAUAUAACUUUAAUACUUUUUAUUAUAUCCUUUCAUUCCUCAGAGAAUUAUUAGUUCAUUCUGAAAAGAAUGGACUAACCUCUGAUCAAUUAGCACAAAUGGGUGUUGGCAUGUUUGUUCCUCAAAGAGAUCCUUAUUGUUCACAAACAACUCCAGUAACAGAAAAAUAUACAUCUUUUAUAAAAGAUGUUUUAGAUUUAAAUUUAAUGUGA